AAGCUGUCAGGCAUCCUAUCGUUCUCUUGAUCCUACGAUGUAAAUUGCCACACCUCGCCACCGCCUACGCAUCGACAAUCAUAGUUUCGCCGGAUGAGCUCUCCAUUGAGCGUCCGAACCUGCAGUCCCAAUUUGCGGCCGUUCGUCGGUCGUGAUGGCCAACAUUACUGGGCCCCGACCUCCGAGCAGCACCACCACACGCGCAGCCAACGCGCAUCGCGUCCACAGUAGCUGCGAUCGCUGUCGGAGUAGGAAGACCAAGUGUAUCGACCCCAUCCCUGGACCGUGUCGUUAUUGUGCUCGCACAGGAGCUACAUGUACCAUUGCUACUCCGCGUAGGAGGCGGCCGUUUUAUCAUGUGACGGAAGAAGAGUACCAACUGUCCAUGAGUAUCCUGUCGCGUGUAUUCCAUGGCCAACAGCUUAACCUCGAAUCCUUGCGCAAGAUUUCGAAAGCCAUCAAAGACGGAUCGCUUGUGUUACCAACCUUGAAUGCAGAGAACUACAUUGAACCUAAUCAGUCAACGCCAGAAGAUGACGAUGACGACGAUUCCAGUGCAGAUAUCACACAUGGGUGGUCCGUUGACGGUGACAACCUACACGAGUCAUUAGGAAGUAUGAUGAAGGACUCCAAAAAUGUCUUGCGUUACGUUGGCGCACAAAGUGACAUACCUUUCAAUGGAGCUGUUACGAACCUAUGCAAGCCUCCGCAGAAAACAGACAUCAUUCCACCGGCUAAGCUUGGGGCAUACCCACCGAAAGAAAACAUUGCCGAGAAGCAUGACAUAUUCUGGCUUCCACCAAAGGAAACGUGUUUUCGCUACGUUAAGAAGUAUCGUGAAGAGGUACAUUGCAUGUAUUGGCUCUAUCCAGAAGCAAAACUCCUUCAACGGAUCGAGGACACAUACGCUUGGUAUGAGACGACGCAGACACCGUCCACUAUUAAGCGCGAGCACAAUGACACGCCAACUCCCCAUCCAAGAAAGGGCGAAGAGCCUUCAAUCUCAUGGAUCUGUUCACUAUAUGCCAUGUGUGCUAUUGGGGCAAUACCUCGGAGUACAAUUGACAACUCGCCCUCACCCGGACCAUACUCGCAUUCGGUGGCCAGGACAUCGGAGGAUUACAUGGCGCUAGUCAAGGAUCUCAAACCCAAAGUUGAAGACAGCGCAGACAUCGAUAGUAUACGCGCUUUAGCCAUAUCGGCUAUUGCUCUUGAAAAUGCACUAUCAAGGACUACAGCGUAUCUUUACAUUGGAACUUCAAUUCAGAUAGCGUGGUCACUCGGACUGCAUCGAAACCAACUGCCCAUAUCCGGAUCAGAAGAAGAGCGCGAGCGAAACCGCCGCAUAUGGUGGACAUUAACCACUCUCGACCUAGAGAUUGGUCUGCGAGGAGGCAGCCCGACUUUGAUCGACGAGAGAAUAUUAGAUAUCACGACCUCGUUACCUCUCGAACGCAUUGGACAUGAGCCGGUCAAACCGGAGUUCCUAGGAGUCUACACGCCACGCAAAUGGCUGUCAGCAUUCGUUCAACUCGGCGGCUUCAAGCGCGAGAUUAUCCGCGACAUAUACACGGAGCGACUGUCAAAAUCGAUAUCUUUCUCAAACGUGUCCGAUGUCUUGCUGCGGCUUCGCAAAUGGCAUGACAAUCUGCCAGCACAUCUCAAACUCGAGGCGUACGAGACAGCCCCAGAGUUUCACAGGCGCGCAAUAAUCGUGCUGCAUCUGCACUACUGGAGUACCAGGAUCCUCAUCACGAGGCCAUUUCUACUCUACCUCGUUCUGAAGCACACAGAGCUGGAUCACAACAGCAAGAUUGCACACGAGAAGAUGGCCAUGGCAUCUAUCGGUGCGGCACGGAAGAGUGUCGCACUUUUUCAGAACAUGAUUCGGGAUCGUACUAUCUCCAGUCUGACAACUUUUGACAGUACAACAGUCCUUCGCUGCAUUACCAUCUUCAUGUGUGCUUUCGUGUACUACCAAACGCCCGAUAUUAAGCAGGAUGCGAACGAUUGCAUGGAUAUUGCCAAAAGCAUGGAGCAGCUUGGUUUUGCAAGAAUGAUUGUAGCAGAGGUACCGCUCCACCUAAAAAACCUCCACAUGAGCUUACAGCCUGCGUCCGAGCAUUCCCAGGAGAAUCAUGUGGUCGCAAGCAGGGAGCUAUGGCCCACGCAGCAAUUGACCUCGCUGCAAAACCAGCAGGGGUUCAUGUUGGAGGUGGACGACCUCGAUGCGCUCGAUUCCCGUUCCUUGAACAUGGCGUUUGAGAUGGAUGACGUCUUCCAGCUCUCACAUCAAUAUCGGAGCUUCGAUCAAGCAUGGCAGUAAUAUCUGUAGACUAGCAAGACCGACAAGCCCUCGCGGGUGCGCAAACACGAAUCGAUUUAGACCCUUCAAAUGGCGAACGUGUUGUGCAUGCUUGAGUGUCCCCAGGAGCUCACGACCGCAAUCAACA